AUGCAUGACCAUGCAACUAUGGGUCCACUAUUCAUUUCUUCUGCAAUUGUUGCUCCCGAGAUUGUUGAUGUUACGGAGCCCAGAGAUGACGGUGGAGUCAUCCGCCGGGGCCUAAUGGUAAUAGCAAAGGUCAUGCAGAACCUUGCCAACAACAUAUUCUUCGCCAAGGAGGCACAUAUGCUUUGCUUGAAUGAUUUCUUGGGCAUGAACAUCUGUCCUUGUCUCAAGGGCAAGCUGCUUGUGCUGGGUAUGAGAAGCGGUUCCAUUGUCACAUCUACCUUCACCCUGAAGUCCAGUAUUCCAGCCCACCCCAUCUAG